AUGAAAUCUCAGCUAAUAGUUAAAAACCCUUUAUUCUCCAAUUUAAUUAAUUGGAUAAAUCCUUUCUCUAGAAGAACUAUAAAAGUCUGGGGUGCGAACGUGGCAUCAUUAAAUAGCAAAGGAAAUGAUUUAAAAGAACUUUUAGACUAGAAAAAACCUGAUGUGGUGUUACUAAAUGAGACAUGGCUUAAAAGUGAGGAGACUUUUGACGAUCCUAACUAUUUAGAAAUAGCUACCGAUUUUAAUCAAAAACACUAAGGAACUGCAAUAUUACUGAGGAUAAACUCAAGCAAAUAUUAUUCAUGUUACCAAGUUUCUCAUUCCAAUAAAAAUCUUACAGAGAUAGUAUUAAGACUAGAUCCAGAAAAUAAAAUUCACUUUAUAUCAGUUUAUGCACCUCCUUAAGGGAAUGAAAAUAGAGAUGAAUAAAGGGAAAAAGCACUUAGUGAUUUCUACUCAACUGUUAGAGAAUUUAAGUUUGAUUAAAAUUAUAAAUGCAUUGGAUAUAGUGAUUUUAAUGCAAGAUUAAGAAAAUUUGUAGACAAGCAAGAUGCAGACGCAAAAAAUUUACUUGAAUCUUUGAAAUCAAUUAAAUUAAAUCUAAUUUAUGAUUUAAAGCCAUCGAGUUUUACAAGAUCUGGAACUAAUUCUAAAAAUGAAGCAUCACAAUCUUACAUAGAUUAUUUUUUUUAUAGAAAUUUAUCUUACAAAAAAUUCAAAAUCUUAGAUAGUAUUGGAAAAAGUGAUCACAGCUUAUUAGAAGUAUAAAUAAAAAAGUAGAUUAAGGUAAAGCUGCUAAUUUAUUUAAUUGCCUUUUUAAUAAUGCCGUUAUUCCUAUAUCACAGAAAAGAUAUAACUUUACAAAUGAUAAUAAACUAAGCUAUUGAUUUCUUGGAUGAUUUCUUUUCAAAAGAAAAUUUUGGUAAAAAUUAGUUAGAAGGUCUAAAAUAAUCAAUUUAAACAGUACUUCCCGAGACUCAUAAAUAAAGUCUAAAUAAGUAUACAAUUUCAGCUAUAGUUGCUAUAGCUUUUUCUUUCAUAAUUAUUUUAAUGCGUAGAUUAAAUAUUUUCUUUAGAUGA